AUGCAGGAAACGUCACCUGAAAUGCGACCAGACCACACCAAGGUAGCGGUUCUUCGCUGGGUUCUAGUAAACGGUCCAGAUGACUUAAGCACGGCUGUUCCUCCUGCAAACGAAGCUACGCAGUAUUCUCGGCGUUACCUAUAUUCUGGAAGGAGAACAGAUGAUCUGAGAAAGGUGAUGAGUAUUUCUCUCGUUGCGAGCUUGCCUUCUACUGUCAACGAAGCCAUUUCCAAAAUCGAGAACGAGGCCAAAUCAGUGGAAUCUAGGGAGGAAAUGGAGAUUGCUAUUGGUCCUUUCAAUGUGUUUCACGGAGUAUAUCAAGUUCCGGACGGAGAGUCUGAAGUCGGUCUAGGUGCGAAGACAAGCAUCCCAGUGGUGGAGGAACGCGCUGUCGACAAAUGCGACAACCUGUCUUUUCCGGAAGGCACCGUCUCACCAUCGAAUCUGGGCAAGUCUAUGCGAGCCACUGAUUUCGCAACGGCCGAUGUCGCCGGAAGCUGCGAUCUCAUUCUGAAUGAUCUAACCGUGUCUGACGCUCUUGAAGAGCUUCUCUCGAGCUCUCUAGAAGUCCUUCAAUGGGGGGACUUGUUCACCUGGAAUGCCGAAGUGAACCAUUCUCCCCUUCCGGGCUACUCCAUUGACGAAGUUUCAUGUUCCAACCAUGGACCACACACUAUCCUAGACGAUUGGACAAUCGGUGAAACGAUCAACCAGCAGAUGACGGAAACUCGAGGGUUCAGCAGUGUACGGCCUAGUGUCUUUCCAGAGCUGAACGAUGAUCUAGUUGCGGAUGCUCCGAUACUUUUGAAACACUUUUACGAUGAAGUCAUAAACCAAAUGGGCUCGCUACCGAUCAACGAGAAGUCUGCGUGGAGGAUUUUGAAUUUUCCUUCUGCCAUCGUCACACUGAGCCAGCUUACUAUCCUUAAACUACCCAGUCAUGGUAUUCGACACGCCAACUUGUCGAACCUUUAUGCCCUCAUCGCGGUAUCCGCAUUCCAUCUUUCACUCAAUUCAAAGAGCUUCCCAGAGAUGAAGAAACCUGAAGGGUACUGGAAACGUCUAUCUGAGAGGACAUAUGAUUGUGCCAAGUUCCACCUGAAGCUCAGCUUGGAGGAGGAGUCUGCCACUCCAAAGAAAGCCAAGUACAAAGAACAACUGAUGGCCGCCGCAGCUAUUCUUGCAACCGCCUUAUUAUCUGGUAACGAACAAGAUACAUGUCGAUAUCUUGUAGAAAUGGAGAGGCUAAUCCGUACUCGCGGGUUGCGAAAGUCAAAGCUAUCACGUCGAGCACGACUGUUACACAACAUUUACGCCUGGAUGAGGAUAGUCUCGGAAAGCACUAAAACUUUUCACGAUGAAGCACCAGUACUCGAUCCAAUUGGCAUCAACGAUGGUUGGGUCACCGCUCAAGACCAUGUUCCUGCGCACGAUCAGUCUCAAGCUGGAAUAGCGUCGUUCAGGCCAGCUAUUUCAAGCGCAGAGCAACUGAGAAAGGUUUACCCAGAAAUUACCCUGGAUAACUUCCUCCACUUGGAACCACUCCAGCUUCAUCCCGACACCACUUCCCACAAUAUCAUCAACGAUGACAUGACGGAUACCAACAAAGACAUACAUCUAGCAACUUCGAUACAGGAUCAGGAAGACAUGUAUAUGCAGAUAUACGGAGUGCCCGAAACCUGGCUGAGACUUGUGUCCCAGAUUACACGACUAGCUAAUGUUAUGGACCAUCUUGCGCCAAAUGAAAGCCAACUUGACGCCAUCAAGAUGGCAGCACUACAACCAAAGGCGUCCUAUCUAGAAGAAGCUGUGUGUGCCUUCAAAUCAAGAUACCACGGACAGUACGAGCAAGAUUUGAAUACCGAGAAGCCUCACGUACAUAUGGUGCGGGCAUUAUGCCCGGCCUUGAUGAUUUUUUUCUAUCGCAGGAUCCGGAACAUCAAUCCCAUGCUGCUUCAAGAAAGUGUCGAUGAGGUGAUGGAGGCGUUGGAAGGAUUUGAUGAUGCUUUGAGUCGAAAUGAGUUGCUCGGGCCAGGCACAGCUUGGCCAGCUUUCAUUGCUGGUGCAGAAGCAACGAAACCAGAGAGGAGGGCGCAGUUCAGCUCUUGGCUAAACAGAGCCUACACUAAGUCAGGAUGGAAAGGCUAUUGUGUGUCGAGUGAAGUUUUGUGUGAGACAUUUGCAGGGUGA